GGACUGAGCCCCGCCAAACCCGCCCCUGGACCGAGCCCCGCCAAAUCCGAUGGAAUUCGAGCCCGGCCCGCCGGCACCUCCUGCGCAGUGUCCCCUAUCUUCGUCCCGCCUAUUCGAAAUGCUCAAAUUGGCCAUGGUCCCUGGUGCGUCACACAUACACACGCACACAAUGGAUACAUGCAGUGAAUAUGCUUCUUUGCCACAGCCCAGCCCCUCUCAGUGCAUUACGUCCUCGUUCAACUAUUUGAAGCUCUCGGAGCACCGUCGCCUUCAGAAGCCUCCAUUUUGCCUCGGUAUCGCCAUCCACCCUCCCACCACCAGUAAGUAACUGCUCUGCCACAUAACCGCCACCAAGCAACUGCUCCACCACACAACCACCACCAAGCAACUGCUCCACCACAUAACCACCAGUCAAGAUGGCCCCAAAGAACACGGCAGCGUUCCUCCCCGAAGCCAAAAGCACGCUCACCAUCGCCGAGAAGCCCUACCCGACCGCGGGCGACAACGAGAUUGUCGUCAAGGUGGCCGCCGCCGCCAUCAACCCCAUGGACUGGUUCAUCCAGCUGCUGGGUGCGCAGCUGUUCCCCUGGCUGCAGUACCCGUACACGCCCGGCAGCGACAUCGCCGGCACCGUCGAGCAGGUCGGCGCCGGCGUGGCCGCCUUCGAGCCCGGCGACCGCGUGCUGGGGCUCGCCGCCGGCUUCGAGUCGCGCGCCGGCGGCUUCCAGACCUACUGCGCCAUCCCCGCCUCGCUCGCCUCGCCGCUGCCCGCCAACCUCGCCUUCACCGACGCCGCCGUCCUGCCCCUGGGCCUCGCCACCGCUGCCGCAGGCCUCUACCAGAAGGACUACCUCGCCCUCACGUACCCCACGCCAGACUCUCCACGGCCCACGGGCAAGACACUGCUCGUCUGGGCCGGCGCGUCGUCGGUCGGGUCCAACGCGAUCCAGCUGGCCGUGGCGUCGGGGUACGCCGUCUUCACGACGGCGUCGCCCAAGAACUUCGCGUACUGCAAGGCGCUCGGCGCGGCCCGCGUGUUCGACUACCACAGCGCGACCGUCGGGGCCGAGCUGCUGGCCGCCUUCGAGGGCACGACGUGCGCCGGCGGCUUCGCCAUCCAGCGCGGCUGCGAGGAGACUGUGUUUGACGUCGUGCUCAGGAGCGACGGCGCCAAGGUCGUCGCCUGCGCCAUGCCCGUCCCGCCGACCAAGCCCGACGGGAUCAAGGCGAACUUCAUCUUUGCGAGCACUAUCAAGGACAAUGAGGUUGGUCCGAUGAUCUACAACCGGUAUCUGCCUGCCGCGCUGGCCGCCGGCAAGUACCAGUGUGCGCCGCCGCCCAAGGUUGUGGGCCACGGUUUGGAGAAGGUCCAGGAGGGCUAUGAUGUUGGAAAGAGGGGCGGCGUGUCGGCGGAGAAGCUGGUUGUCACGCUGUGAUUUGCGGUUGGUGCGGCUGGUGUGGUUGGUGCGGCUGGUGCGGCUGGUGCGGCUGGUGCGGCUGG